UAAAUACAAUUAAAAGAUUAGUGAACUGGAAAUAAUCAAAACAAUCGGUAAAACAGAACAGGUUCAGCAUCCGCUUAACAAACUGACAAUUUUUGUGAUAAAAAUCAAAAGUUUCGUUUUUUCAGUCAAAUUUCAACAAAGUGUGAAAAACUCAGUUAAUGCCUAUCGAGAAUACCUAACAUUUUAGUAAUGUUUUUUUUUUUAAAGAUCUAAUAUGGCGGAAUCGUCGAUAAGUGACCGGUGUGAAAAAAAUAGACUUUUUAUAAUUUUAAUGAAUGACACUAAAAAUAUUACUUUUUUUUUUAUUUUGUAUAUUUUAUACCUUUAUUGCAUUUAAAUAAAGUAAAAAAUAUUAUUUUUAUUUUGCAGGUUUUACCUUCAAAUAAUUAAAUAAAGACUAAACCACAAAGUCUACUACAACUUUUCUAUUUCUUCAGCAAUCCACCUAUAAAAAUUAUCUAUUUUUUUGAUCGAUUAUACCGACCUGACGCCUUAAUAUGUAAUUUUAAAAUAUAUUAUUUAAAAAGUAAUAACAAAUUAUUUAAUAACAUUAAAACUGAUCUGAACUAAUUUAAAAAUAAAAACAAUUAUGGUCCCUUAAAAUUCUUCAUCGCUAUAAUCCAAUGAAUUAAAUCCUCUUGGUGCAAUUGCAGUAACAAUAUAAAAUGUUUCCUUUAAAAAACUUUAAAAGUCGGUAGCAAAUGGUACCGAGCAUCCAAUACCGACUGAGUACAAGUGGCAUUCUGUUAAAUAUCUGAGUACCCGGCGGGCGUACGUUAACACCGUUUGUGUUAUUAUUGAAGUGUGGAGAGAAGGAGAACGAGACAGUGAAAGUGGAUCAAUACGCGGUGAGCGUGCGGCCUGUCUGGUAGCGUGCGGCUGUUUCUCCUGUCUCGAGACCGCCUGUCCGCGCUCGCGAGACACUCCGCGGCGGCACCGCUGACGGGUCGGAACUGUCUGUUCCUACCCUUUAACAGUCGUACAAUCGUCGACCUCACCUCCAAAUUCCACUCGGAAUUUUGGCAGGGAUGCGCGAGCCCGCGAUCGAAUCGGCGCUGUUCCAUCGAGGGUGUCCGAUUCGGCGCGCGACCAGGCGUUCCGUCUUAGCGGUUCGGGAUUCGGUUUUCCAGGACGAUUAAGAGGAUUGACAGCUCUCGUAGGGAGACCGCUACUCUCUCAUCUUCACGAUUAAUCCUCUUUACUCGUUUAUCGCCGACCGAUCGAAGGGUGCCUCGAUCGAGCGGGUUCGAUUAUGCAGACGCGGUAGUGACGAAUAAGUGACAGAUUGAUCUCUCUUCGCUGCAUGAAGUCGGGAAGAUUGGAAACUUCGCCGAUUCGCGACUGACGGGGAAGAACGGAGAGAGAAUUAGAAAGCGGCUCGGGUAAACCGUGUCUAUGUUACGUGGCCGAGAUGCACCUGUCACAUCUUGUGCGAAAGGCGAUCUGCAAGCAGGAACUGUCCUGCCUGCGUUUCCUGCGCUGGACCAUCCUGGUACCGCUCGUGAUCUAUAUAUCGCUCCUAUUUAUCAAGUACAAUAAAAGCGUACCUCUGAAAAGUCUAUCGACCCCGAGCGACGGGGACAAAGAGGGUGCCGCGAUGGACAGCUUAUUCAUCGAAUUGGAGGCCGUGACGGCCGGUAGAAAAAACUCGGCGGUUUACAAGGACGCGGAAAUCGAUCGUCCGCGCGUGGACAACGACGGCGCGCAGGGGGUCGUAGGAACGGAAAAUCGGAUUCAGGAUCCGAGGAGCCUUCUCGAGGACAUUUUCCGGCGGGCCGACACCGAUAAGGAUCAGUUGCUGGACAUCCAUGAAUUGGCGAAGUGGAUCCACGCGAAAAUCACCGAGCACAUCUUGCGCGCCAUGCGGGAGAAUGUCGGCCUGUUCACCGCAAUCGACAACAAUCCGAGAAACGGUGAAGUGUCGUUGGAGGAAUAUCACGCCUAUUUUCUGAGAACCCACGGUUUCUCCGAGACCUACAUAAACUCCCAUAACAAGAAGCACAGAGAGCUACCGAGGGCGUUGAAGGAGAUCAUAAUGAGGGAUCGAGCACGAUGGGCCGAGGCGGCUAGGAACGAUCCGGAAAAGUUGACCCUGGACGAAUUUCUAGCCUUCACGCAUCCCGAAAGCAGUCAUAGGGCCCUCCUACAAAUGGUGGAGGAUCUCUUUGAAAAAUUCGAUCAGGACAACGACGAGCAGCUAACGGAAGACGAAUUCUCGGAUUUGCCGUCGGAAGGGGUAGGUCUGGAUUUACGCGAAGAUCGACAGUCGAUAGGAGGCAGUGAAGAGAGACGUAAGGAGUUCCGACAUCUGAUUGACAAGAACAAAAACGGGAAAGCAGAUCGAACUGAAUUACUGAUGUACAUCGAUCCACGAAACCCCAGACAUGCUAUACAAGAAGCCCAACACUUAAUUACUCUAUCGGACACAAAUUUGGAUGGAAAAGUAGAUCUUUCGGAAAUUCUUAGCAAGAUGGACCUAUUUCUCUACAGUAAGAUGGUGGAUACUGAGAAGAGCUUCCACGACGAGUUUCGAUAAUUUCCGCAUGUGAACACGGAAAGAAUGGUUCUAUAAAAAUGUAUAAAAAAUAGACUAUAGAUAUAAAUCUGAAAUAAUUUUGGACUAUUAAAAUUUAUAAGAUGCUCAAGCAACUGGAUAAAAACAAUAUUUUAAAACGUUUUGACAUUCCAGUUUGUAACAUCCAAUUUAAUUAUUUAUAAUAAUCCAAUAAAAUUAUUUUUAAAUUUAUAUAUAUAUAUAUAUAUAUAUAUGUAUAUGCCUAGUAGCACAAAACAUUAGUGCAAGAUUGAGUAAAUGCAAUAUUAGUCCAAUAUUAUGAAAUAGACGCUUCACCUUAUUUAACCAAUUUGUUUAACCAAUAAUAUUGGUUCAAUACUGGUUUAAUAUUGGGCCAAUGUUAAAUCAUUUAGUUUUCUGUAUUGGAGGUUAAUUGUAAUUUCUAAUUUAAAAACAACUCGGGGAAAAAACUUUUAUGUGAAAACAUAUACAUAUAAAUAUAUAUAUAAUAUGUCAUAUAUUUAUACUACUUUCUCUUCUUUUGUAAAAUUGUUGUUUGGGAUAAAAAAUAAUUGUUAUAGGUACUGAAAGACAAAAACUAUUUAAAAAGAUCAUAUUUGCAUUGGUUCUUUUACAAAGAUAUAAAAUAUUUAAAA